AUGCCGAAGGGCUCUCUCAUUAUCGGUGUCGACCUGAUGCCCAUCAAACCGCUGCCCCAUGUCAUCGCAUUCCAGGCCGACAUUACGACGCCAAAGUGUCGCAACGAGCUCCGCCAGCACAUGCACGACUGGAAGGCGGAUCUGGUGCUGCACGACGGUGCGCCGAACGUCGGUGCUGCAUGGGUGCAGGACGCUUUCUCGCAGAACGAGCUUGUGCUUCAGUCGCUUCGUCUCGCCACCGAGUUCCUCGUCAAGGGCGGCAACUUUGUCACCAAGGUGUUCCGAUCGCAAGACUACAAUUCGCUCAUGUGGGUCUUCAACCAGCUCUUCCGUCACGUCGAGGCCACCAAGCCGCCUUCGUCGCGUAACGUCUCCGCCGAGAUCUUCGUCGUCUGCCGUGACUUCAUUGCGCCCAAGCACAUCGACCCCAAGUUCCUCGACCCCAAGCACGUCUUCAAGGAUCUCCAGUCGUCGCUCCCCGCCUCUAUCACCGAGGCUCCCGCCGAGGAGGCCUCAACUGCUGCCACCAUGGCCUCGACCGCCAAGGCUGCCAACGCCGCUGCUCGUCUCGCUGCCACGAACAACCACGCGCACGCCAAUGUUUACGCUCCCGAGAAGAAGCGCCGUCAGCGUGAGGGUUACGCCGACGGAGACUACACGCUGUUCCACAAGGCGAGCGCUUCCGACUUCGUGCGCGGAGACCCGGUCGCGAUCCUCGGUACGAUGAACAAGAUUGCGUUCGAGACCGAGGAGGAGAAGGAGUGGCUGAAGGUGCUCGGCAAGGGUGACUUCAAGGCUCUGAUGAAGUGGCGACUCGCGAUUCGCCUCGAGAUCGGUCUCGACGUCAAGGCCAGCAAGACCGAGGAGGCUACUGAGGACGUCGAAGUGGAGGAGAUGGACGAGGAGCAGCAGAUCUCAGAGGAGCUGAAGCGUUUGCACGAGGAGAAGCGUGCGAAGCAGAAGCGCGAGAAGAAGCGCAAGAACGAGAUCAAGACCAAGACGAUCCAGAAGCUGCAGCUCGGCAUGACGGCCCCGACAGACCUGGACAUGGACGACCGGGAGCUGGCAGGUGAGGAGAUGUUCGAUCUGGGCGAGGGCGAGCGCGAGAACCGCACUGGCCGAUCGAUCGAGGAUGCCGUCCGGGACGCGGAUGGUAUGUCCGAGUCUGAGGAGUCCGAGGUCGAGCAAGAGGAGGACGACGACGAAGUCCUCUCGUCCGACGAGGAGAGGGAGCGCCGCACCGCCGCGCUCGAGGGCACGCUCGACGACCUGUACGACAGCUACAAAGAGCGCAAGAGCGAGCAGGACGCCAAGUGGAAGGUCAAGCAGCAGCGGCUCAAGGACCGAAACUACGACGCUUGGCACGGAAUCCAGGAGGGAAGCGACAGCGAGGACGACGGCGUCGACAAGGGCUACCGCAGCGGAAUGGUGCGCGUGCCGCGGCGCGGAGACGCGGACGAGGAGGAGGAGGAGUCUGAGGGCGAGGGAGGCUGGGACGUUGUCGCCAACCAGAAGGCGCAGGACUAUGACUCUGACUCGGACUCUGACUCGGAAGCCGAGGACGAUGCCGACGCCCCGAAGAAGAAGAAGGCCAAGGUCACUAUCCGCGACCCCCGCCCUGUCGCUCAGCCCCAGCAGAAGAAGCUGCUGACGAGCCUGUCAAGGGAUGACUCGCGCGACAAGAUGUCCCGCCAGGCGCAGGUGUGGUUCGACCAGUCCGUGUUCAAGGACAUGGGCGACCUCGCUGCUCUCGAUGGUGACGACGAGGACGAGGACGAGGACGAGGAGAUGGAUGAGGACGAUGCUUCCGACGACGACAGCGUCGACAGCGAGGGCGACGUCGACAUGGGCUCUGACGAGUCGACGCUCGAGGCGCCCGAGGAUGACGACGACUUUGAGAUCGUGCCGCAGGAGGUCGACGAGGACCCGGAGUGGGACGUCGACGACGAGGACCAGGACGAGGUCCUCCAGCGCAAGAUCAAGGAGAAGGGUAUCCUGACGGCCGAGGCGCAGACGCUGGCGAACCGUCUCGUGAACCGCGAAGUCACCGCGUCCCAGCUCAUCGACGAGGGCUUCAACAAGCUCUCGACGCACAACAAGGACGGCCUCCCGUCCUGGUUCCUCGACGACGAGAGCAAGCACUACCGCCCCAACAUCCCGAUCACGAAGGAGGCAGUGCAGGCCCUGCGCGACCGCCAGCGUGCACUCGACGCGCGCCCGAUCAAGAAGAUCGCCGAGGCCAAGGGCCGCAAGAAGAUGAAGGCGGCCGCGCGCCUCGAGCGCGCCAAGAAGAAGGCCGCUGGCGUCAUGGAGACGGAGGACCUGAACGACGGCGAGAAGGCGCGCCAGGUCAGCCGCCUCCUCCGCCGUGCCGCGGCUGGAGAGAAGAGGCAGGAGCGCAAGGUGGUCGUCGCCAAGGGCGUCAACAAGGGUGUCAAGGGACGACCGAAGGGCGUCAAGGGCAAGUACAAGAUUGUCGACGCGCGCAUGCGCAAGGAGGUCCGCGCCCAGAAGCGCAUCGCCAAGCGCGACAAGGGGAAGAAGAGGAAGUAG